AUGUGUACAUCCCUCAUAUUAAAGCCUACCGUAUGCUUCGGCGUCUUUAUUGGGACGGCGCUUACUGCGGUAGCCCUGUUUACUCCCGGGUGGUCAACGUACAAGGGCAGUGGCAAUGAGACAGUACAUGUGGGAAUAAUCACAUACAACUGUGGCUCAAACGACACUUCCAGUCUCAGUGCAGUGUCGUCGGCAUGCAAGAGUUAUGUAGACGUAAGUAAAACGUAUUUUACGUUUUAAAAAAAAUGUUUUAAAUUUUCCACAUUAUAGCGUCUAGCGUGCUAUUUUAGUAUACAUAACGAUGACAAACAUUGCAAUGUAAAAAAUUUUUAGCUACACUUUUAAAUAGACAAAAGUCAACUUUCAGAGUCGGCCAACGUGGGAAAAAGCAGUGAUUGGCCUAAUGUUUGCGGCACUUAUACUAGAAUUGAUCGUACUGAUUUGGGCAGUUUUCAGUUGUUUGGCCUUCUGUUUACCUAAUUGUUUCCCUUUGAUUACAAUAUUAUGCGCACUGGCUACUGCAUGUUUAGUCGCGGCUAUCGCGGUAUAUGGCUCCAAGAACAAGGACACAUCAAAUUCGUUUAGUACGUUUAAAAAAUUGCUUUUAACCUUGCCUUUCCUACUUUUAAAUAAGCAUUUGAAUGUACCAUUUAUACGUAAAACUAUAAUAUUUUGUAUCUUUUGUUUUAUGGUGUCACAUUAUUUUCUAAACCAUGUCACAAAAAUAAGUAUUUACCUUACUUUAGGCGACCUAAACUUAACGACAAAUGUAACAAAAGAUUGGGACAACCUCGUAAACUUGAGCUACAGUUUUUGGCUAGCCGUAGCGGCAGCCAUCGUGAUGGCCGUGGCGACGCUAGUGUCAGCCGUUACCUCGCUCAUCGCUGCUGUUACACCUUUUUAA